UCUAAAUUGACGAUCUGUAAUCUUCAAGACAUUCCCACAAUCGGAGCAUAGGGAAAAUAUCUCAUCUGUACGAAUAGAACAAAAAUUGUAUUUUGGUGCAUUAGCAUCAUGAUAUGGAGAUCAGAAGGUUGCCACAGGGAUUUUAGGGACGGAAAGGAUCCAUUUGAUUGUAAAAUCCUUAAGGAAGGAACUGCUUUUUGCCUCUUUUUAUUCCCUCACUUAGCAUAGAGACUGGGACAAAGUAGAAGCUUAAUAAAUGUUUAUCGAAUUGAAUACAAUUGAUACAGGGCUCCCCAGCCCUAGGAGUCAAAAGAACAUAUCGCCUGCAGUGCGCAAAGGUUACCGCCAGGGAGCGCUGUAGCGGGAAGUGGGAUGCUGGAGCUUUUGGGAAAUAUGGACUCCGCCCUUCCCCUCCAUCCGAGGGGCGGGGCGGGAGAGGGUGAGUAGCUAUCCCAGCUGGCUGCGCGGCCGCUUUUGAAUGGCGCUGCCUGAGGGCCGCACUCUGGGGUUCGCGGAGACGCUCUAGGCUGUUGGGGCUGCUGCUGAAGAGGCGCCGUCGUACCAUGAGUCGCCGGGAUUUAAGAGAUUAUGGCAUCUGAAGCCCACAAUGAUAGAAAACGGAACUUUUUGCAUAUUGAGGGCCAUUCCAUUGAUCUUCCUAGGAAAAGGAUCUCUCAUUUCACUAAUAAGAACAUGAAGGAGGGAAAGAAAUCUCCAAAACAUUUGGCUGCUUAUACAAAUAGAACAGUUGGAUACGCUGUGAAAAGUCCAGACAAACUGCACAAAGAAGUAUAUUAUAGAAAGAAAGUUCAUCAUUAUUUUCCAAAUCCUUGUUACAGAAGAAAACAGUUUCCUAGAAGCAGGGGCUGUGACAUGGCAAAUAAAGAAAAUGAACUGGCAUGUGCAGGCCACCUGCCUGAAAAAUUACGUCAUGAAGGUCGUACAUUUUUACUUAAUGCUAGUGAUUCUAGUUCUUCACAGACAGAGAGCCCAUCAUCAAAAUAUAGUGGAUUUUUUACUGAGGUUUCUCAGGACCAUGAGACAAUGGCACAAGUUCUUUUCAGUAGAAAUCUGAGGUUGAAUGUAGCUUUAACUUUUUGGAGAAAGCGAAGUAUAAGUGAACUAGUAGCCUAUUUGGUGAGGAUAGAAGAUCUUGGAGUAGUGGUAGAUUGCCUUCCUGUGCUCACCAGCAGUUUACAGGAAGAAAAGCAGUACAUUUCACUUGGCUGCUGUGUAGAUCUGUUGCCUCUAGUAAAAUCACUACUUAAAAGCAAAUUUGAAGAUUAUGUGAUAGUUGGUUUGAACUGGCUUCAAGCAGUCAUAAAAAGAUGGUGGUCAGAACUGUCUGCUAAUACAGAAAUUGCAAAAGAUGGAAAUAUUCAUAUUUUAAAACAACAAUUAAGUGGAUUGUGGAAACAAGAAAAUCAUCUUACUUUGGUUCCAGGAUACACUGGUAAUAUAGCUAAGGACGUAGAUGCUUAUUUAUUACAAUUACAUUGAGAAGUACUACACCUGAAGAGGACAUUCUUGUUCAGAAUAUUCCUGGAUUUUGUAGCUUCCAGAAAGAGAUCUCUUCUGAGAACUAUGAACCAAGAAGGGAAGUGAAAUCUUCCAAAAAUGCCAUUUAAUUAAACCACUAGUAAAAUCCUAACAAUCUACUUCACAUUGAAGUGGAAAAAUAACCACAAGGAGCAUCUUUGACUUCAAUGAGGUGAAAGUGCACUAUGAAAAUUGUACGCCUUUGCUGCGUUUGGGAUUUGUAUGGUUAUUUGGGGAAAAAUUGUUUAAAUGCUUCUGUGUCUUAUUGCAGUCCUUCAUAUUGCAUAAAAAUGUAAUUUAUACUGACAUGAAAAGAUAAAAUGGGCAAGACAUUUUGCUAGGAACCACAAAGACCAAUCACCAUUAAUAUUUUUUUUUUUAAGAUUGUGUUUUAUAAAAAAAAAAAAAAAAACCACUAAAAUGUGUGCAGCUACUUUGUGAUCAUAUUGAAAAGACUUUAAAGAUGUUUAAAACAACAUAGCAAAUGAUGGACAAUUUUUUCACACUGAGAUACUGUGUAAAACAAGAUGCCUUAAUUAUUAGUAUGUUUGAAGAAGCCAAUGUAUUAUGUUACUUGUAUCUUUUAAAACAGCCAUGCAUACAGGCAUGAAAUCAGGGGUUUUACGCUCAUGUAGAAUAUUGGUUUUGGAACCUAAUUCACAUACUUUGAAAAACCUGAGGAUAUUUUUCUCUGAUUUUUGCCAGAAUAUGUGUGUGUGUGUGUGUGUGUGUGUGUGCACGCGCGUGUGUAUGUGUAUGUGUGUGAAUAUAAAAAGCUGAAUAUUAAUUGGAUGAAUGCUUAAUUGGAAAUGUCCUUGGAAUUAGCUAAUUUAUAUUCACUUUUUAAAAACUAUAUUUGAAUUUCUAUUAUUUUCAGUUCUGAAUCAUUUAAGCUCCUUUUAUUUGAGUAAAUAUACUAAAUAUUUCUCUUUUUGGGUUUUUUUUUUUUAAUUCACAUAAUUUCAUACGUCUUCUAAAUUCUCAUCAUUUGUGUUUUGGAUAGUAGUCUAAUGUUUUAGAAAUGUUUACAGCUAGAGUUGAUCUUAUAUUCUCCAUCCAAAUAAUUGAUCCACUACCUCCUCUAAUGAUUGCUUUGAAAUGGGGUUCAUAUAUAUUCUUGGUAUAUACAAACUCAGUUUUGAUAUGAUUUAACAGUGGUAUGUGUUAAGACUCCGUGACUUUUGUUGUUAUGCUUUAUAUUACCAUUAGGUAGGGAUAGGAAAAUUCACAUACCACCAACUCAGUUAGAAUAAGCCUGAUAGUGAUCUGGCCAAAUAAUUUUGGGAAUCAUUUUUCUCUGAAAUGUCCCCUCAUGGGCAUGAAUAUAAAUCUAUAUAGUGCUUGCCCAAUCAACUACUGAUGUGAACAUUGAAUGUGCAUCUUUCUUGCUUUAAAGGGUAAGAUUUCACUGACUCUGGAUGCUUUUACUGUACAGUUCUGUCACACACAUACACACAAUGUGGAUAAUCUGUUGUGAUCAUUGUUUUUGUUGAGUCUUUAACUUAGAAACAUUCCACAUUACUCAAAUUCUGUGAUGUUAAAAGGAAAACUUUCCCCCCAAGAUGUGAGAAGGAAGUGAACAUUAAUAAUCUACACAUUUGAGAUAAAAAAUAUUAAUUUCCUAUAUUAUUUAUUACCCUUGUAAUUAUUGUUUUAGUUGAACAAAUAAUCUGAGAUAACUAGUCAGUUGAUUGGAACCUAGUACUUAUGAGACUUAGAGAAUGGAGAUUUGAACCUUUUUUAGAAUAGUUAGCUUAACAGAAGGAUAACUGGAUUGCGUGCCCCCUGCCAGUCUUCCAAUUGGUGCUCUUGUUAACAAGAGGUACCAGUUUUGGAUAGAUCAGCAUAAAGUGAUCAUUUCUGGAAAAAUAGUUCAAAAGUAUAUGUUCUCUAAGGAGUCAGUAGUGUCUUUGGAUACCAAAGACAGCACUUUGUGAAUAAAUACUACUUUUAUUAAAACAACUGCCAUGUUGAUCCUUGCUUUGGAACAAAGUAUUUUUUAAUUAUAUUUUUCUUUUUAAUAGAUGUCAUUUAAUUGAUCUUAAGUAAAAAUAAGAUUGUGUAUAUUAUCUCUAAGACAAUAUACAAAAAUUUUUUAAAUGUAAUUACUGUCCCUCCUCCCCCCCCAAAGAAACAAGAUAAGAGCUCUUAUUUCUGAAUUCAGACUUUUUGAAUGUCAGUGUUACCACUCCGCUUUAAACAUUCUAAGCUGUAUAGGCAGCCUGAAGAUCUUAUAAGUAAAAACUAUUGAAUAGCCCACACUCCACUUUUUUUGUUUUUGGCUCUUGUAUUUUUUUAUUUCAGAACCUACCUCUCAGAUACUGAAAUUUGCUGAAAGAAAAGUAUUAGAUAAAAAGUAUAAUUAAAUGCUUCUGCACAGUUCUGCACAGCUUCAGUAAUUUUAAUCAGAAAAGUGUUGUAUUCCAGAAGGAGCCAAAGACAGUGUUUACAGAGUAUUCUGGUAAUUGUAAACAGUUCAAACAUUAUUUGACCUAAAUUAGGACAAUUGUGUGUUUGUUGCUAAUUUGUUGAACACUAUCAAUGUUAGCAGACUGGCUAUAUCUUAUAUAGAAUUUAGGGAUUACACAAGAUUCCUCCCUAUUAAAGAGCCAAAUUUCCAUCUUUUAAAAUUUUCUUCUUAAUUUUACAGUUUAUCAAGUCAUUGGGACUAGAAAUUUAAAGAUUUACAAUUAUCAUGUUCAUUUGGGUAGAUUGUGUCAUGAAGAGUUGAUCAUGAUGAGAAUGGCAUGAAAAGUUAUAAGGCAGGGAAUAUAAUGGCAUGGCAUUAAGAAAAAUGGUCUAAUGUUAGCAGUGCCCUGUUUACAUAACAAAAAUUAUAGAAAUUCCUGAGAUUUAUAAUAGAUUGCAUAUGUGCUACCUAUAUUCCUUUUGGGAAGAUGAUAAAUUUUUGCAACCAAACAUUGAGACUACUGAAAAGUUAGCCUAGAUGUUAGUUGAAACAAAAUUCUGCUGAAUUCUGUAAAGAACUGCUGCUUAAUUUGUUAUAGAAUCUUCUGUUGUUAAAAUAAUAAUCUUACUGUAGAAUAUUUUUAUAUUUGGAAAACUUUGAGAAAAUAAAUAAUAUGUUACGGAACUACAGGUUAAAUACAUAAUUCACAUCAGCAUUCUUAGUGUUUUGCUUAGAUACUUAAAUCAAUCUCAGAGCCACAAAUAGAAGGAAGUUUUCAUUAAAAUCUGAUACCAUUGCAUUAAAGUUUAAUCUUUCCAAACCAGUUGCUUUCUUCUCAUUUAAAGUUAUGAUAAUAUCAGAUGCCACUGUCAGUUAAAAAAUAAUAAAUACAACUUAAGCAGCUGACUCAACUAGUCUGAUCCAUUUUGAAAUAGAUUUUUGCCUUGUGGGUCACUUUGGCUAGAAAUAGUUUUGCUGAACAUCUGCUGGUAGGGAUUUACUAUUCUUUUUUCUCUAGCAAGUUGCAUUUCAGGCUAAUUUGAUCAUUAUUAUAAAGCCUUUCUUUUCUUGUAGCAUGAGUUAAAGAAGCCUAAUACCUAAUAAUUUUGGAUUGAAGAGAAUAUCUCCAAACUUUUAAUGCUUAUAUGAUGUACAGCAGCUUUUUGGUUAACAGCACUGCAUUCCUCUAAUUAAUAUGAAUAUAAUAGGUCAUUAACUAGUCCAGAAUCUGACUUGAGAUCAUUAUGAAUCUACCCUGAAAGCUAGACCAUAGAUAAACCUUUACACGUGGGCUAUAUAAUUAGUAGCAUUUACGAUUAGAUGACCUUAAAUUUAUCAUCCAUUAUGCUACAUUAUUGAUUCAAGAAUUUCAUUUCACAGCAGGAUCUGUCAUGUGCUCCGCCCCUCUACGUAUCAGUGUGGUAGGAUCUUAGUACAGUAGUAAAGUUGGUACUUAUAAGAAGGACUUAAUUCAUAUUGGAGGUUUGAAGCUGGCAUUCUAUUUCUCUUUUGCUUUAACUGGAAAGGGACUCUAAUCAACACCUACUUUCUGUCCUGGACAUGAGUCACAGAAACUCAGAUUUGAGUGCUGAAGGAAGGGAGACCUCAGAGACAAUCUAACACAGAUUAUAGAAAGAAAUUCAUUCAAGAGCACCCUUGAGAAGUAGUUUUUAUUAUUUCUUUAAAAAACACUACCUUUAAUGGCCCUCUAUUUUUAAAUAGCUCUAAUCAAGGAAAAGUUUUUCCUUCUAUCAAGCCAGAAUCUGUCUUUUGAGUUACAUUCACCUAUUGUUCCUAGUUCUACCCUGUAAGAUUUCUUCUAUUCUUAAAGUAACUUUUUCAAAUUUCCCAGGGAAUCAUAGCUGAAAAACUGGGAAAUUGCAGAUCUUCAGUUUGUACUACUUCCAAGGUCUGCAAAAGUGAUUGACAAUCAGCAAUCACUUCUGGAUAGCUAUAAUUGUGUUUCUUUAUAUCAAGCCAAAAGCUGCUUCUUCAUACUUUUCUGUCCAUGCAAAAGUCACAGUCUUCAUGUUCAUGAUAGUUCUUAAAAUAGACAGACAGCUGUUUGUACAUUGCCUAUCCCAUCCCAGAGUCCUCCCCAUUUUAUUUUUUCUGUCUAGACUAAUCAUCCCAUUUCCUUUAGUUGAAUCUUUUGGCAAGGUCUAUAAUAACUUUACUUUACUGUUCUCCUGCCUCUGCCCAAGUUUGUCAGUGUCUUUAUUAAAAUGUGAUAUCUAGAAGUGACAUUUCAAAGUGCAUAUCCAUAAGUACUUCAGCUUACUAGGCCCAAAACAGAUUUAUCUAUCUCACCUUCUGCUUUCUCCCAGACCUCUUCCAAAUUUCUCUGUCACCCUCAAAGGCACCCAGGUUUGCUCUUCUACUUCACACUGCAUAACCCAUUAAAUUGCCAAAUCUUUUUGUUUCUUUCUCUGCUGCAUCUCUGAAAUACUUACCCUCCUCUCUAUUUACAGUCCCUCACCUUGUUCAGACCCUCAUUGUAGCUCACCUGUACUACUAUACAAGCGCCCUGGUCUUGGUCACUUAAGCCUUUGCCUAUUCCAGUCUAUCCAUGCAUCCAACAAAGCGCUUUUCUUAAAGUCCAGGUCUGGUCAUAUCAACUUCUUUCCCCCACUCAAAGUUCAAUGGCUCCCCAUUAUUUCUUACAUCAAAUGUAAAUUCCAAUGUUUAAGAUUUUCAUAACAUGGUCCCCUCCCUUUCCUGUUUGGUAUUGUAUUACUAAUAUCCUCAUAUAUAUAUCCAGUAUAGCUAAUCCAGAUACCUAUUAUUCCACUGGUGCAACUUUCUAUCUCCAGGCUUUGUGCCUUUAUACAAGCUGAUCCUCCCCUACCCCACUCCCAAAUGCCUGCACUGCACUCCCUCCUCACUUCUGGAUUUUGGAAUCCAUGGUUUCCUUCAAGAUUCAGAUGCAUUGCCCCCUUC